UCGCUGGCUGCGCCAACGCCUCGGGGCGCGCCGGGCGCUGGCCGCAGCUGGUGGGCGCAUGUUGGGGCGCGCGGCGUGGAGGCGCUGCCCGCGAGGGCUUCGGCGCGGCCGGGAGGCGCUGCUGGUACUGCUGGCGUUGCUGGCCCUGGCCGGGCUGGGCUCGGUGCUGCGGGCGCGGCGCGGGGCCGGGACGGCCGAGCCAGGACUCCCACGCACCCCGCGCUCUGGGCGGCGAGACCCGGUUCUGCCGCGGCCGCCGGUGCGGGAGGACGCUCUGGGCGCGCGAGGCGAGGCAGUGCGGCUGCAGCUGCAGGGCGAAGAGCUGCGGCUGCAGGAGGAGAGCGUGCGGCUGCACCAGAUCAACAUCUACCUCAGCGACCGCAUCUCGCUGCACCGCCGCCUGCCCGAGCGCUGGAACCCUCUGUGCAAAGAGAAGAAAUACAAUUAUGAUCAAUUGCCCACGACAUCUGUCAUCAUAACAUUUUAUAAUGAAGCCUGGUCAACUCUCCUUCGGACAGUUUACAGUGUCCUCGAGACAUCCCCAGACACCCUGCUAGAAGAAGUUAUCCUUGUAGAUGACUACAGCGAUCGAGAGCACCUGAAGGAACGCCUGGCCUCCGAGCUGGCCAGGCUGCCCAAGGUCCGCCUGAUCCGCGCCAACAAGAGGGAGGGCCUGGUGCGGGCACGGCUGCUGGGGGCUUCCGCGGCCAAGGGCGACGUGCUGACCUUCCUGGACUGCCACUGCGAGUGCCACGAAGGGUGGCUGGAGCCGCUGCUGCAGAGGAUCCAUGAAGAGGAGUUGGCAGUGGUGUGCCCUGUGAUCGAUGUGAUCGACUGGAACACCUUCGAGUACCUGGGGAACGCUGGGGAGCCCCAGAUUGGCGGUUUCGACUGGAGGCUGGUGUUCACGUGGCACGUAGUUCCCGAGAGGGAGAGGAUCCGCAUGCGGUCCCCCAUCGAUGUCAUCAGGUCUCCAACCAUGGCUGGUGGGCUGUUUUCUGUGAGUAAGAAAUAUUUUGAAUACCUGGGGUCUUACGAUACAGGAAUGGAAGUUUGGGGCGGAGAAAACCUUGAAUUCUCAUUUAGAAUCUGGCAGUGCGGGGGGACCCUGGAGACACACCCGUGUUCGCACGUUGGCCACGUUUUCCCCAGGCAAGCUCCCUACUCCCGCAACAAGGCUCUGGCCAACAGUGUCCGCGCAGCUGAAGUGUGGAUGGAUGAAUUUAAAGAGCUCUACUACCAUCGCAACCCCCAGGCCCGCUUGGAACCCUUUGGGGAUGUGACAGAGAGGAGGCAGCUCCGUGCAAGGCUCCAGUGUAAGGACUUCAAGUGGUUCUUGAGUACCGUGUAUCCAGAACUGCACGUGCCUGAGGACAGGCCUGGCUUCUUCGGGAUGCUCCAGAACAAAGGACUAAAAGAUUACUGCUUUGACUAUAACCCUCCCAAUGAACACGAGAUCACAGGACAUCAGGUCAUUCUGUACCACUGUCAUGGGAUGGGUCAGAACCAGUUUUUCGAGUACACGUCCCAGAAUGAAAUACGCUAUAACACCCACCAGCCAGAAGGCUGCGUGGCGGUGGAGGCCGGAAUGGAUGUUCUCAUCAUGCAUCUUUGCGAGGGAGCCACCCCAGAGGAUCAGAAGUUCAUCUUGCAGGAGGAUGGUUCUUUAUUUCAUGUACAGUCCAAGAAAUGUGUUCAGGCUGAGAGGAAGGAAUUGAGCGACGGUUUUGUACCACUCUUACGAGACUGUACCAACUCAGAUCAUCAGAAAUGGUUCUUCAAGGAACACAUGGAUUAAAUAGCUCCUCAGCAGGCAGGAAUACGAUAUGAACUCCUUCCAGCACAGCUCAGUUCUCCUGUAAAUGUAAUAUGCUGUGAGGCCAAAGCUUCCCUCCUCCAUUGUGGUAACUUAUAAAGCAGGUGAGAUGCCCCCUCGGCCUGUAAUGGAGGUAAGAAGUCCUGCCCUGCCCCCUCCUCCCGCCCUUGCUGCAGUGUCAGUCUGAGCUCCAUUGAAGGGGUGUCAGCCCCUCCCAGGGUAUAGGAAGACAGUUCAGGCAGACAGAAAAUUAAUGCUGAUCAAAUUCAUAAUGAGUGCUGGGAGUCUACACAAGCAUUUUUGGGUGUGUUCACUGGACACUGCCGGUAAUUAGCUUUGCUUGAGAAGUCAUCCCUCUUACUCUCGCCAGCAGUUUCUACGGGGUAAUUUUUAGGAUGGAAGAACUAAUAAAAAUAUUCAGGGUGUCCAGGAAGAUAUUUUCAGACUGUAAGGCAAUUUACAAUAUUUUGAGGAAUCUUCCCUUCACUAAUGGAUGAGGAAUCUCAGCCUGGGUAGGUCUCCACCUGCCCCACUGGAAGGUAUGGAUUGGCCUCCAGUCCUGUUGUGUGGAGUCAGGAUCUUGGGGGCCAGCCCCAGCUGGGGUAGGUUGCUUCACCUGCUAGCACUCAUUUCCUCAUCUGCAUGAUAUGGAUAAGAAUGUCUUCUGUUAAAUUCUCAGAUAUAUUUUUUAGUUACUUUUUUAGCAUUUGCCCUAAGGGAUUAUAUUAUGCUUCCUG